GAACGUUAUAGCACAGUCACUCUAAUUUCGAGGGGACAACAAAAUGAAUAGCGAACUCAAAGCAAAGAUUGAGAGCUGCGCCCGCACUGCGGACACUUUCACGCGUCUUUACUACGCCUCUGUGGAUAACCGACGCCAUCAAAUUGGUCGCCUUUACCUGGACAACGCCACCUUCAGCUGGAAUGGAAACGGGGCCACCGGUCGCGAGAUGAUCGAGCGCUACUUCCUGGAGCUGCCCACGUCCAGCCACCAGAUGAACACCCUGGAUGCCCAGCCCAUCAUCGAUCCGGCUGUGGCCAACCAGCUGACCUACAUAGUCCUGGCCAGCGGCACCGUCAAGUUCGCCCAUCAGUCGAUUCGCAACUUCCAGCAGACCUUCAUCGUAACUGCCGAGAACGACAAAUGGAAGAUUGCCUCCGACUGCUACCGCCUGCAGGAGGUUAUGGUCUGACCUUAAGCGGCCAAGGAUUACUCAUUUGUUAUAAUUGAAACUAGGCUACAGCUCAUUAACCGUAACGAGUUUAUUUACAUUUCUAAGCGCUUAUAAAUAGACAGACUUCCUAUUUGUCA